AUGUCCCAGGCUGUGAGGCUGAUUCCAGUCCUCCCCAAACCACUCUACCAUGAGCACAUGGGCUGCUGGAGGGAAGGCAGGAACCAGCCCCACAGCCCCAACAGCACUCUUAGUGCCCCAGUGAACAGUUCCCUGGCUGGGUCCAGGAUUGGAGGAACUGGGCAGACUGGGGAUCCCUUAGGAAGGACAGGGGGUCCACUUGGGAGGCAUGUACGCAGCUACAACCACCUGCAGGGAGAUGUGCGGCGGAGAAAGCUCUUCUCCUUCCAGAAGUUUUUCCUGCGUAUCGAUAAGAAUGGCCGAGUCAACGGGACGAAGAGUAAAGAUGACCCACUCAGUAUUCUGGAGAUCACAUCAGUGGAUGUGGGCGUGGUGGCUAUCAAAGGACUGGGCAGUAACUACUACCUGGCUAUCAGCACCAAGGGAGAGCUGUAUGGAGCGGUCAAGUUUGGCAUUGACUGCACACUGAAGGAACGUAUUGAAGAGAACGGCUAUAACACCUACGCCUCAGCCGAGUGGAGGAACAAGAAGAGACAGAUGUUUGUGGGCCUGAGUGUCCAGGGGAGGCCACUGAGAGGGAAGAAAACACGGAGGAAGAAUACGGCCACACACUUCCUCCCCAUCAUGGUGUGA